AGGACGUACCUCACGUAACAACAGUAUAGCUAAGCGGCUAAUGCUAACAAUAUAUACUUUUAUCGACUUUACGAUGCAGCUAAGACAUUUAUAUGUUAAUCAAAUAUAGGAAAAGACUAUACAGAGUACAAUUAACGGACUAUAUCCGCAUAAUAGAGGCACGGUGAGUCAUGCAAGCCGGUGACCCUGUCGUUGGUGCAUCAAUGGGAGUAGCUGGUGCUCAGAGUCGAUCUGAGGAUGAAGAGUCGCUUGGAGUCAAAGACGUGAAAAGGACAGCAACACAAGCCUUUGGCAGCAGCGUUCCCAAGCGCAGAAGUUCGUCUAGAUCAAUAAAGAGAAAGAAGUUUGACGAUGAACUUGUGGAGAGCAGUCUUGUGAAGUCUUCAACAAGAGUCAAGGGUCCUCCUGUCAUCGAGCCGGUCCGGUGUUCAGGGAGUGAACCUUCAUCUAGUGAGAAGAAGAAGGUGGCAAAAUCAGGAACAGCUCUCACACCGCCUUUGACAAUGGUAAUGAACCCUGCACCAUUGACCAAACGAGUGAAGAAGAGCAAGCAGCCAUUGCAUAUCACUAAGGACUUGGGAAGAUGGAAACCCACGGAUGACCUGCUGUUAAUAAAUGCAGUGUUGCAGACCACUGACCUCACUUCUGUCCAUCUUGGAGUCAAGUUUAGCUGUCGUUUCACUUUGCGAGAAAUUAAGGAGAGGUGGUAUGCUUUGCUGUAUGAUCCUGUCAUCUCAAAGCUCGCAUGGCAGGCCAUGCGACAGCUUCAUCCAGAAGCAAUUGCGGCGAUCCAAAGCAAAGCUCUGUUCAGUCAGACUGAGGAGGCAAUGCUUGCCAAGAUUGGUUCAACCAGUCAGCCCAAACUGGACGUGUUUCAGGAGCUUCUGAGCAACUAUCCUGCUGUUUUUCACCCGUCUCGCACUCCGAAGAGUCUGUUGGUGCACUGGCAGCUGCUAAAGCAGUAUUACCUACUGGACGAUCAGAGUGUGCAGCCCCUCCCUAAAGGUGACCAAGUCCUUAACUUCUCUGAUGCAGAGCAGAUGGUCGACGAUGUGAAGUUAAAGGAGAGUAGAGACGAGGUCUUGGAGCAUGAGCUGAUGGUUUCAGAUCGCCACCAGAAACGUGAGAUCAGACAGCUGGAGCAGGAGCUGCCUCGUUGGCAGGUUCUCGUGGACAGUAUCACUGGGAUGAGCAUGCCCGACUUCGACAACCAGACACUGGCAGCCUUACGAGGACGAAUGGUGCGCUACCUCAUGCGAUCACGAGAGAUUACACUGGGAAGAGCAACCAAGGACAAGCAGAUAGACGUGGAUCUAUCACUGGAGGGUCCUGCGUGGAAAAUAUCAAGAAAACAAGGAAUUAUUAAGCUGAAGAAUAAUGGAGACUUCUUCAUUGCCAACGAGGGAAGACGGCCCAUCUACAUCGAUGGCAGACCGGUCCUGUCAGGCAACAAAUGGAAACUAAACAACAACUCAGUGGUCGAGAUCGCAGGACUCCGCUUCGUGUUUCUAAUCAACCUGGAGCUCAUCUCUCUAAUAAAAGCUGAAGCUGCCAAGAUGGCUCCUCAGUGACCGUCUGGCGUCCUGCAGAAGGAACGAGGAUCCAGACAGUUUAUAUAAAACUGUGGCGUCACAGCAGUGCGGCCAAGAAAUGAACUAACAACGGCCUUGUUACUCCACAAAGAUGAAGUGUAAAGUGUGAAGCGGCAGUAACAGGUUUUACUUGUUGUUUGAAUAUUUCAUGUUGUAAUGUAGACACUUAUGGUCAAGCCUUCUUUUUUCCACUUUUUCACAAAAUUGUAUUUAAAUUCUGUAGUAAAAACAUUUUUUCAAAGAUAUUAAACUUGUAUACACAAUG